AUGGCGUUGUCAUUGCUUUCUUCCAUAUCUAAAGCCAAAUCCAGGGCUCUAAUCUACUUUAUUCCUGGUAAUCCUGGUCUGAUAGAAUACUACACUCCUUUCCUCAGCUAUUUACGCAACUUAGUAAAUGGCGCGGAGUCACAACAAACAGCGUACGAUAUUUAUGGUCGAAAUUUGCUAGGUUUUGUGGAUGAGGAGCACGAGCCAUUUGGGCAAGGCCGGGAGCCGUGGGACUUGAAUGGUCAGAUUGAGGGAAUUGGCCAAGAUGUUGCGAACCGACGAUGCCCAGACGGCCGCCCUUACGACAAAGUCAUUCUGAUGGGCCACUCGGUGGGAGCCUACAUUGCUGUUGAAAUCUUCUCAAGGCAUACUUCCCACUUGGAUCGCAACCCGCAUGUCAACAUGGAGCAUGGGUUUCUCCUGUUUCCAACACUGACAUCAAUUGCGCUGUCACCAAGCGGAAAACGAGCUGGCACCUUGCUAGCCGUACCAGGCCUGAAACCAUACGCACAUAUCCUAGCGAAGCAGUUACUGAACCUUUUCCCUGCCUUUGCACUGCGCUAUAUAGUCGGAAAAGUUACCGGGUUUGGUAGAGCUGCGCUUGAAACAACCUUGCAGUGGCUGUCGAGCAAAGACGGUGUUUGGCAAGCUAUUCAUCUUGCCAAAACUGAAUUCGCGGAGAUUACUGAAGAGAAAUGGGAUGAAAGUAUGUGGCAGGGCGAUGGAGUCCCACGAUUCUUCAUAUUCUAUGGCGAGGACGACCAUUGGGUGGACAACGACAUUAGAGCGGACUUUAUCCAACGGCGUGCUGCGGGCAAGGGAACGCUGGCUCACAUUGAGGUCGACAAAGGCGGUAUACAGCAUGCUUUCUGCACCCAAGACGCAACGAGCCGAACAGUCGCCGAGAAGGUCUUCUCCUGGGUUGAGACUAUCAACGGUCACGAAUGA